AUGGUUACAGCCUUUCUCAACAGCAAGAUUCCUGACGAAUACGAGAUCUACUGUAUGCAACCCCAGGGCUACUCUGAUGGAACCAAGCGCGUCUGGAAGCUCAACCAAGCUCUGUAUGGCCUUCACAAAGCUCCCCUGUGGUGGUUUGAGACCCUUGUCAAAGUCAUGAAGGACGCUGGAUUCGUCCCCAUGUCAACAGAGAUGUGUCUCUUCAAGCAUGAGAAGCUGGGCGUGCUGGUUCUCAUCUAUGUGGAAAAUGAUGAUGGCGGUUUCUCGGUGUAUGUCGAGCGGCAAAAGGACAGGUUACGGAGCGACGAUCGGUUCCGAGGACGCGCAAAGCGCUUGGCCGAGAUUGAAGCUGAUCCGGAAUGCCUCUGGUCAGAAUGGGACCUCGAACAGUUCAAACAGGAAGAACAGCGAUACUAUUACAGAGAACGCGGCUGCCAAGGGUUCCGCGACUAUGUCGAAGCAAUGAGGCGCCGGCUUGCGGGCCACGACUUCACGCAACCAUUUGAGCUCGAUGAAGACCCCAAGAAACAGGACAGGCUGACGACAUGGAUUGAAUAUCUCGGCUACGAAUACUAG